AUGCAUGCCUCAUCGUCCUCAUCAUCUAUUAAAUCCUUUCAAAACUGCUCAGAAUCUGAUGUUAAGGGCUAUAACGAUUGUCCAGAGUUUCUGUUUAACCUACCAACAAGAUCGCGGUCUUCAACCAAUUUAAACAAGAAGAGAUCGAUAUCGAUUAAUUUCGACACUUUAAAUAGUGACACAUUUGGCAAUAUAAGACCUGCCAUGACCCCACCUCCACCAAGAACAUUCAAGAGAGUCUCCAGUACAGGUAGUAGUAUUCUAUCACAAGUACCAGCACCUUACCCUACUCCUAUUUCUGAUACUCCAAAUCCAUUAUUGAAUACCAGUACACCAGCUGAUCUUUCAGAUGAUCAAUUAAUUGAAAAAUCAAUUAUUAUUUGA